AUGAACACUACUUCAUCCUUUUCUAUGGAAACAGAUUUACAUGAUGCAGUAUCAUAUGAAACAGUUAUGUUUGCCCAUCGCUUCUAUAAACAACUUUAUCCUCGUAUAAUUCGUGACAUUGCGCGUGUAGAAGAUAACUGGACUAGAGGUCUGUAUCAUUUAACUCGAAUACCUUGUCGAAGCGACGUCACAAAAGGUGUUUAUUGUCUUCAAUAUGACAAGCAUAAAAUUGUCAGUGGUUUGAGAGAUGACACAAUUAAGGUGUGGCAACGAAUGCCGAGUAUUUGUACAAUCAAUAAAAACAAAGCCUCUACCUCUGAUACUUCCUCUACUCCUAAUCCUGAUUCAGCAUCUGGUGUACAUGAAUCAUGUCACAAAAAUAGAGGAAGAGGUGAUGGUCCAGCAGGUGUUGAAGCUCCUAACGAAGAAGGUUUCAAUGUAGCAACGUGCUCCGAUGGAUACCAUUGUACACAAGUUCUUGAAGGUCAUUCUGGUUCUGUGUUAUGUUUGCAAUACAUUGGGAAUUUAUUGAUUAGUGGCUCCAGUGAUACGACUGUUCGUUUAUGGGAUUUAUCUACUGGGUGUUGUUUAAAUGUUAUAAAUCAUCAUGCAGAAGCUGUCCUACACCUGAGAUUUCGAAAUAAUGUCCUUGUAACAUGUUCAAAAGAUCGUAGCAUUGCAGUAUGGGAUAUGGGCCCUUGGCCAAAAGAUGUUCAGUUGCGCCAAGUUCUUGUUGGACAUCGAGCUGCUGUUAAUGUUGUUGAUUUCGAUGAUAAGUAUAUUGUUUCAGCCAGUGGCGAUCGUACAAUAAAAGUUUGGGCUACAGAUACUUGCGCAUAUGUGCGUACAUUGACAGGUCAUCGCCGAGGCAUUGCAUGUUUACAGUAUCGGGACCGUUUGGUUGUCUCUGGUAGUUCAGAUAAUACGAUUCGAAUUUGGGAUAUUGAAACUGGUGUUUGUUUCCGAGUUCUUGAAGGACACGAGGAACUUGUUCGAUGUAUCCGCUUCGAUUCUAAGCGUAUUGUAUCGGGUGCAUAUGAUGGGAAAAUCAAGGUUUGGAAUCUGAAAGCUGCUCUUAAUCCUCGUUCCAAACCGAACCAACUAUGUAUCCACACUCUUCAACAGCAUACAGGUCGUGUGUUUCGAUUACAGUUUGAUGAUUUCCAGAUUGUUUCUUCUUCACAUGAUGAUACUAUCUUGAUAUGGGAUUUUGCUCGACCAGCGACAGGUAGUGAAGAACGUGAUGAUGGGUUCGAUGAUGGUAUUAACGCUGCGUUGGCCUCACAAAGUAAUUGUUUGUGUUCAUUGAGAUCAGCUGCUGUACAGUGUCAGGUGAAUCCAGAUGGUGGGAACAGUAAUACCGUCACUGAUUUCUCUGAUAAUAAUAUUGACCGUAUUGAAAGUGAGGGUGAAGGAAUUUUCAGAUUGAUCAGAUUAGAAAUUGCAAUAGUCCAUGAGGUGCGUUUAUAG